AGGCUUAAUAUUUUUCAGUGUUCUGUUGCUGCAUAUCAUUAGUGAUUUAUCUUAAGUCGACAAUAACUCGGUUUUUGUCAAUUAACCAGUUAUUUGUAGCAGGAGCGAUGAAACCCCUUUACCAAAUGCGGUUCUUCACAGGGCCGCACAGACGCAUAGAGAUCGGAAGGAAAAGCUUAAGAAAGUAAAAUGAAAUAAUCGAGAUGCAGUAAACAUUUAUCAGUAGUCCAUAGGGGCAUGUAUUAAUUCUGUUUCCAGAUGUGCGUUAUUUCUCCAUGAACUCGGUUACUUCACUGCACAUGAACUUGUUAAUUUUGUGGGAGUGGUUUCUGAGUUUUUGGACACUUUGCAUAGCAAGCCCAAAAUAGCUCGGACAAGACUUGAGGGAAAAAAAGUUGUACUGUAAAUGGAUUGAGAUGGCUGCAGAUCUUCCCGUCACACAACAAAUCGCCAGAGCCCAGCAAGGCCACCAGAAAAACCCGGUUAAUAUUCCGAUCUCAGAGGUUGAAGAUUGUUUUGUUUACAACCGGCACGGGAAACGGAUUCCUUUUAAAAGUUUAUAUGACGACAAGAAAUCAAUCGUUAUUUUCGUUAGGCAUUUUUUGUGUUACACAUGCAAAGAGUAUGUGGAAGAUCUGGCCAAAAUACCUAAGAGGUUCCUCACAGAUGCUGAUGUCAGGUUGAUAGUAAUUGGACAGUCUUCACACCAUCACAUUGAGGCGUUCUGCGCACUGACAGGCUAUCCACAUGAAAUAUAUGUUGAUCCAGAAAGGCAAAUUUAUAAAAAACUUGGAAUGAAGAAAGGGGAGGUGUUCACAGAGUCAGCGGCUCCAUGCCCUCAUGUGAAGUCAAGCACGCUCAUGGGAAGUGUGAAAAGCUUGUGGCGAGCAAUGAACAGCCCUGCUUUUGAUUUUCAAGGGGAUCUUAACCAACAAGGAGGAUGCUUAAUCUUAGGCCCAGGAUCUGAAGUUCACUUCACACAUUUUGAUAUGAACAGAUUGGAUCACAUGCCAAUAACUUGGUUACUGCAGCUCGCAGGGGUACAGAUGGUGGAUUUUAGAGAUCAGCCCAGAAUUCUCGAUGUGUAACACCAUGAACUAAAGCAGAUGACUUCAAGCUCAUAUAAGUCUUACUAUGCAAUUUAAACUGUUCAAUGCUUUUUUAUAUCUGCUGUGUAGAAGAAAGGGAUAUAGUUUAUGUCAAAUGAGUUAGUAUUCACCAGUAUUUUUUUAAAAGUUUUAGGUAUCACGAUAAUCACUGUGGGAAAUACAGUGUGCAGUACAUAAUAAGCUAAAUUCAUUCUCCUCAUACAGUGCCAAGUAAAACGUUUUGAAAUGUAAACGCACCAUGAAAAACAUGUCUGGACUUCUCUGCCCUGAAUGCACAAGCCUAUUUUCACUAUGGAUUCCCAGUCCAUUGCGUGAUCUGUACGACGAGCCCGGUUUUUGGGCCCUCUCUUGUGAUUCCUGCUUGUGUUGUUGACUUCCCUUAUCCAUGCUUUAAAAGGCAGUGAAAUCUAAAACAGAUACAACAGCUCUCUA